AUGGUCGGCCGGGCGGUGUGUUGUCAUCCGCGGAGCGACGGCCGGAGGCGGCGGCGUAGGCCCCGGCGGGGCGUUUGGUUUCGCUUUGGCCCGGACUGAGAUUAGUGCUGACGGUCGCAAUGGGAGUCCCCAAGUUUUACCGAUGGAUCUCGGAGCGGUAUCCCUGCCUCAGCGAAGUGGUGAAAGAGCAUCAGAUUCCUGAAUUUGACAACUUGUAUCUCGAUAUGAAUGGAAUUAUACAUCAAUGCUCCCAUCCUAAUGAUGAUGAUGUUCACUUCAGAAUUUCAGAUGAUAAAAUCUUUACUGAUAUUUUUCACUACUUGGAGGUGUUGUUUCGCAUUAUUAAACCUAGGAAGGUAUUCUUUAUGGCUGUGGAUGGUGUGGCUCCUCGAGCAAAAAUGAACCAGCAGCGUGGGAGGCGUUUCAGGUCAGCAAAGGAGGCAGAAGACAAGAUUAAAAAGGCAAUAGAAAAGGGAGAAACUCUUCCUACAGAGGCCAGAUUUGAUUCCAACUGUAUUACGCCAGGAACUGAAUUCAUGGCCAGGUUACAUGAACAUCUGAAGUAUUUUGUAAAUAUGAAAAUUUCCACAGACAAGUCAUGGCAAGGAGUCACCAUCUAUUUUUCAGGCCAUGAGACUCCCGGAGAAGGAGAACAUAAAAUCAUGGAAUUUAUCAGAUCCGAGAAAGCAAAGCCAGAUCAUGAUCCAAAUACCAGACACUGUCUUUAUGGUUUAGAUGCCGACUUGAUUAUGCUUGGAUUAACAAGUCAUGAGGCACAUUUUUCUCUCUUAAGAGAAGAAGUUCGAUUUGGUGGCAAAAAAACACAGAGGGUAUGUGCUCCAGAGGAAACCACAUUUCAUCUUCUACAUUUGUCUUUAAUGAGAGAAUAUAUUGACUAUGAGUUUUCAGUAUUAAAAGAAAAGAUUACAUUUAAAUAUGAUAUUGAAAGGAUAAUAGAUGAUUGGAUUUUGAUGGGAUUUCUUGUUGGCAACGAUUUUAUCCCUCAUCUACCUCAUUUACAUAUUAGUCAUGAUGCACUGCCUCUUCUUUAUGGAACAUAUAUUGCCAUCCUGCCAGAACUUGGGGGUUAUAUUAAUGAAAGUGGACAUCUCAACUUACCUCGAUUUGAGAAAUACCUUGUGAAACUAUCAGAUUUUGAUCGGGAACACUUCAGUGAAGUUUUUGUGGACCUAAAGUGGUUUGAAAGCAAAAUUGGUAAUAAGUACCUCAAUGAAGCAGCAGGUGUUGCAGCAGAAGAAGCCAAGAACUACAAGGAAAAGAAAAAAUUAAAGAGCCAGGAAAAUGCUGCAUGUUGGGCUGCUUUAGACAAAAAUGAAGGCGAAGUGGUAGCUUCAAAGGAUAAUUUAGAAGAUGAGACUGAAGAUGAUGACCUAUUUGAGACUGAGUUUAGACAAUAUAAAAGAACGUAUUACAUGACGAAGAUGGGGGUUGACGUAGUGUCUGAUGACUUUCUGGCUGAUCAAGCUGCAUGUUAUGUUCAGGCAAUACAGUGGAUUUUGCACUAUUAUUAUCAUGGAGUUCAGUCCUGGAGCUGGUAUUAUCCUUAUCAUUAUGCACCUUUCCUGUCUGAUAUUCGUAAUAUCAGUACAAUCAAAAUCCAUUUUGAACUGGGAAAACCUUUUAAGCCUUUUGAACAACUUCUUGCUGUACUUCCAGCAGCUAGCAAAAAUUUACUUCCUACAUGCUACCAGCAUUUGAUGACCAGUGAGGACUCGCCAAUUAUAGAAUAUUAUCCACCUGAUUUCAAAACUGACCUAAAUGGGAAACAACAGGAAUGGGAAGCUGUGGUAUUAAUACCUUUUAUUGAUGAGAAGCGAUUGUUGGAAGCCAUGGAGACAUGUAAUCAUUCCCUCAAAAGGGAAGAGAGAAAAAGAAAUCAACAUAGUGAGUGCCUAAUGUGCUGGUAUGACAGAGACACAGAGUUUGCCUAUCCUUCUCCAUGGCCAGAAAAGUUCCCUUCUAUAGAACGAUGUUGUACGAGGUACAAAAUCAUAUCCCUAGAUGCUUGGCGUGUAGACAUAAAUAAGAACAAAAUAACCAGGGUUGACCAGAAGGCAUUGUAUUUCUGUGGAUUUCCUACUCUGAAACACAUCAAACACAAAUUCUUUUUGAAAAAAAGUGGUGUUCAAGUGUUCCAGCAAAGCAGUCGUGGAGAAAACAUGAUGUUGGAAAUCUCAGUGAAUGCAGAAUCAGAUGACCUUAGUAUAGAAAACAUAGCUUCAUCAGUGCUUGGAAAGUCUGUCUUUGUUAAUUGGCCUCACCUUGAGGAAGCUAGAGUUGUAGCUGUAUCAGAUGGAGAAACUAAAUUUUACUUGGAAGAACCUCCAGGAACACAGAAGCUUUAUUUGGGAAGAACUGCUCCACCAUCAAAAGUGGUCCAUCUUGGAGAUAAAGAACAAUCUAACUGGACAAAAGAAGUACAAGGAAUUUCAGACCAUUAUCUGAGAAGAAAAGGAAUAAUAAUAAAUGAAACAUCUGCAGUUGUCUAUGCUCAGUUACUCACAGGUCGUAAAUAUCAAAUAAAUCAAAAUGGUGAAGUACGUCUAGAGAAACAGUGGUCAAAACAAGUUGUUCCUUUUGUUUAUCAAACUAUUGUCAAGGACAUCCGAGCUUUCGACUCCCGUUUCUCCAGUAUCAAAACAUUGGAUGAUUUGUUUCCUCCCAGGAGUAUGGUCUUUAUGCUGGGAACCCCCUAUUAUGGCUGCACUGGAGAAGUUCAGGAUUCAGGCGAUGUGAUUGCAGAAGGUAGGAUUCGUGUGGUUUUCAGCAUUCCAUUUGAACCCAGUCUUGAUGCUUUAAUACAGAACCAACAUAAAUAUUCUAUAAAGUACAACCCAGGAUAUGUGUUGGCCAGUCGCCUUGGAGUGAGUGGAUACCUUGUUUCAAGGUUUACAGGAAGUAUUUUUAUUGGAAGAGGAUCUAGGAGAAACCCUCAUGGAGACCAUAAAGCAAAUGUGGGUUUAAAUCUCAAAUUCAACAAAAAAAACGAGGAGGUACCUGGAUAUACUAAGAAAGUUGGAAGUGAAUGGAUGUAUUCAUCUGCAGCAGAACAGCUUCUUGCAGAGUACUUAGAGAGAGCUCCAGAACUAUUUAGUUAUAUAGCCAAAAAUAGCCAAGAGGAUGUGUUCUAUGAAGAUGACAUUUGGCCUGGAGAAAAUGAGAAUGGUGCUGAGAAGGUUCAAGAAAUUAUUACUUGGCUAAAAGGACAUCCUGUCAGUACAUUGUCUCGUUCUUCGUGUGAUUUACAAAUUCUGGAUGCAGCUAUUGUUGAGAAAAUUGAGGAAGAAGUCGAAAAGUGCAAGCAAAGAAAGAAUAAUAAGAAGGUACGAGUGACAGUAAAGCCCCAUUUGCUAUACAGACCUUUAGAACAGCAACAUGGCGUCAUGCCUGAUCGGGAUGCAGAAUUUCGUCUCUUUGACCGGGUUGUAAAUGUAAGAGAGAACUUCUCAGUUCCGGUUGGCCUUCGGGGCACCAUCAUAGGAAUUAAAGGAGCUAAUAGAGAAGCUGAUGUACUAUUUGAAGUAUUAUUUGAUGAAGAAUUUUCAGGAGGCUUAACAAUAAGGUGCUCACCUGGUAGAGGGUAUCGACUGCCAACAAGUGCCUUGGUGAACCUUUCUCAUGGGAGUCGCUCUGAAACUGGAAAUCUGAAGUUGACAGCCAUUGUGAAACCACAACCAGCCGUGAAUCACUAUAGCUCAAAUUCAUCAGUUUCAUCUGGGCAUUUGGGAGGCCUCAAUCAUUCCCCUCAAUCACUUUUUGUCCCUACUCAAGUACCUGCUAAAGACGAUGAUGAAUUUUGCAACAUUUGGCAAUCUUUACAGGGAUCUGGAAAGAUUCAACACUUUCAGCCAACUGUACAAGAGAAGGGUGCAGUUCUACCUCAAGAAAUAAGUCAAGUAAAUCAGCAUCAUAAAUCUGGCUUUAAUGACAACAGUGUUAAAUAUCAGCAAAGAAAACAUGACCCUCACAGAAAAUUUAAAGAAGAGUGUAAGAGCCCUAAAGCUGAGUGUCAGUCACAAAAAAUGUCCAAUAAACAGCCUAACUCUGGAAUUGAGACCUUUUUAGCAUCUUUGAAUAUCGCCAAAGAAAAUGAAAUACAGUCAACCCAUUACAGAGCGCCUCCAAGUGAAGAGCAUUUGUCACCACAGUCAUUUGCUAUGAAGGGAACGCGGAUGCUUAAAGAAAUUCUAAAAAUUGAUGGCUCUGACACUGCGGACCAUAAGAAUGAAAUGAAACAGUUUGGUGAUGAAGUCACUGUUACCUCUAAUAGAAGAGAUGAAUAUGGAUCAUCCUCACAGCCCAAACAAAAUAAGAAAUUAGCAUCCUAUAUGAACAAGCCUCAUAGUGCUAAUGAGUAUCAUAAUGUUCUUUCUGUGGACAAUGUAUGCUGGCCUGCUCCCAACCAAAUUCCUCCUGUGUCUACACCAGUAACUGAACUUUCUCGAAUUUGUUCCCUUGUUGGAAUGCCACAACCAGAUUUCUCCUUUCUUAGGACACCACAGACAAUGACUGUUUGCCAAGUAAAAUUAUCUAAUGGCUUACUGGUACAUGGACCACAGUGCCACUCUGAAAAUGAAGCCAAGGAGAAAGCUGCACUUUUUGCUUUACAACAGUUGGGCUCCUUAGGAGUGAAUUUCCCUUUGCCACCACCAAUAUUUCCAAAUUAUUCUCCUGCUGUACCACCCGGAACUAUUCCUCCAGUUUUUACCCAACCUACUGCUAACAUAAUGCCUUCAUCAUCUCAUCUCCUUGGUUCAAUGCCAUGGGGACCGCCAGUGCCAGUUCCUGGGAAGCCCUUCCGUCGUACUUUAUAUUCGGGGACCAUGCCCAUGGCUGGGGGAAUACCCGGUGGUGUGCACAAUCAGUUCAUACCUCUGCAGGUUACUAAAAAAAGAGUUGCAAACAAAAAGAACUUUGAGAAUAAAGAGACCCAGAGUUCUUCUCAAACCACCCCACUUCAGACUAGCCAGCCAGAUUCUUCCAAUGUCACCAAAGUAAUUCCACAGGAGAGUUUGUCACCUUCCUUGAAGUCCUCUCAGGUUGCUCGGCCCGCAUCUUCUUUUCAAAUUGAAACUGCCUCUCAAGGCCAUAGUGUGUCUCACCAUAAGUCAACACCAAACUCUUCUUCAAGAAGAAAAUCAAGAAAACUGGCUGUCAAUUUUGGCGGUUCUAAACCUUCUGAAUAAAUUUGGUUCUUGGAAUUCUAUAUCUAUGUCUAAAAAAAUUAGAAUGUACUAUUUUGAAAUAAUGUUUUAAAUUGAAUUUUUUUCAUUUUUAAGUUGUCAGGCACUUUUCAUGCUGUUUAAAAGACUAUAUAUAUCAAAUUGUGCACUUUAAAUAUGUGCAGUUUGUUGUAUGUCAAUUAUACCUCAAUAAAUCUGUAAAAAAAAAAAAGACUAAAUUAAACCUUGUGUCAAAAUAAUAUCAGUGGACUAAGCAUUAAAAUGUACCACUC